GGGUUGUUGAAUCCCUAUUAGGUAUGAGCAAGAGUUUAGUAGUGGAGUUAGGUUUGACAAGUUUUGUAUGUUAAAAAGAAUACAACUGGAAGUAUAUGCUAGUGUGUCAAAAAAUGGUAAAACUAUAUGCAUUAUCAGUUUUGUACAAACAUCCUACAUCGGCAACAACGUUGAAAGCUGUUUAUGAUGUAGAAUCGUUCUCAUUUUUUCAAAGAGGAAGUGUGAAAGAGUUCAUGGGUUUUGUAAGUAAAACUAUUGUGCAGAGAACUCAGAUGAGCUCCAGGCAAAGUGUAAAGGAAGGAGAUUAUAUGUGUCAUGUCUAUGUACGUGCAGACAAUCUUGCUGCAGUACUUAUAUCGGACAAUGAAUAUCCUAGAAGAGUAGCACAUACACUGAUUACAAAGGUUAUGGAUGAAUUCUCAUUAAAAUAUCCACAAUCUGUGUGGGAUACAUUAACUGAAGCCACAGUGGACUUUACACAGAUCAAUGUGUAUUUAGCCAAAUAUCAAAAUCCCAAUGAAGCUGAUGCUUUUACUAAAAUGCAAAACGAAUUAGAUGAAACAAAAAUUAUUUUACAUAAUACAUUAGAAGCUGUACUUCAAAGAGGAGAGAACUUGGACGAACUUGUUUCAAAGUCACAAGGUCUCAGUGCUCAAUCAAAGGCAUUUUAUAAAACUGCACGUAAAACUAACUCUUGUUGCAGUUUAGCUCCCUAA